GGAUGAUCUAUUAAGCUUUCAAUGGAAAGGAAGAGAGGAACGGUUGGGCCUGCAGGUCCUCCUCCGGAUGGUGGUUAUGGCUGGUUCAUUGUGCUCUCCACCUUCCUUGUGUUUGGACUGACGUUCGGUGUAAUCAAGUCCUUCGGUGUGUUCUUCGUAGAAAUUCACCACUACUUUUCAACCUCAGCAACUGCAAGCUCAUGGAUCACAUCCAUCUCUGUGGCCACUGUACAUAUUGGGGCACCUGUAGGCUCCGCAUUGAGUGCAUACUUUGGUCAUCGUCCAGUGGUGAUGGCGGGAGGUCUGUUGAGCAGCGUCGGGUUGGUGCUCGGGUCGUUUGCCCAGGAUCUGCUACAGCUGUAUAUCACAGUGGGGUUUCUCACAGGGUUUGGCUAUGCCCUGACCUGGACCCCCACCGUCACCAUGCUGGGCUGGUACUUUGACAAGCGGCGUCCGGUGGCCAACGCUCUGGCCAGCACAGGAGAAUGUCUCCUCACCUUCAUCCUCACCCCGUCCUUCCAGCUCAUGGUGGAUCAAUUUUCCUGGAGAGGAGCCAUGCUGAUCCUCGGAGCUCUGCAGCUCAACCUGUGUGUGUGUGGGGCUCUUUUAAGACCACUAAACAGACAUGAUUACAUUAAGGACAUCACUGAUGAGAAGGAGCACAAGCUCUCUAAAUGUUCAAAUAACAGGGCAGAUUCAGAUCUGAUGAAGGUCAUCAUUCGAUAUGUCGACUACACACUAAUCGCUAACUCUCGCUUCAUGGUCUACUCAAUGUUUGGCAUCUUCGCUGCUCUGGGUUUCUUCGCUCCAUCUCUUUUUUUAGUGCCCUACGCUCGCAGUCAAGGAGUGGAGGAGUACCAGGCUGCUUCGCUCAUGUCCAUCUCUGCCGUGCUGGAUCUUCUGGGCCGGGUGUUUUUUGGAUGGGUGGCUAAUCUGCGGCUGGUGGAGACGGUGCAUCAGCUGAUCGUCACAGUGGUUUUGUUGGGUGCUGUUUUAUUGUUGUGUCCGCUGGCGACUACAUUCACACAGCUGGCGCUGUUCAGUGCAGGAUACGGGCUGGUGUUCGGAGCGACCGUUGCUAUUCACAUCACUGUGCUGGCAGAGGUGGUCGGGGUGGAGAGACUGGGCAGCGCACUGGGCUUCUUCAUGCUCAUCCGCAGCAGUGGCGGCCUACUGGGACCACCUUUGGCAGGAAUCUUCAUAGACAAGAUGAGUGACUAUGGCGCUGGUUUCCUGAUGGCGGGUGUUGCUCUUCUGGUCUCCACCCUCUUUCUGAUUGUGUUACAUUUCAUGAACAAAAAAGAGACAGAACACGAAAAAGACAUCUGCUUGGAGAAUGAUGAAGAACACGAGGAUCUAAAAAACAGGAAUUACGAUUUAGGAAAAAUUUAGAAUUUAGGAUGUUUACACUUUUGUAGUUCAAAGUUAGUUGUUUAUAGACUUUGUAUUUUGGUCAGUGACUAUGUCAGAUUAUGCGAAUUUGACUAAAUUUACAGUUGAAGUCAGAAUUAUUAGCCCCCCUUUUCAUUUUUUUUUCUCUUUUAAAUAUUUCCCAAUGUUUAAAAGAGCAAGGAAAUUUUCACAGUAUUUCCAAUAAUAUUUUUUCUUCUGGAGAAAGUCUUAUUUGUUUUAUUUUGGCUGGAAUAAAAACAAUAAAAAAUUCUGUAAGCCAUUUUAAGGUCAAAAUUAAUAGCCCCUUUAAGCAAUUUUUCUUUUCGAUUGUCUACAGAACAAACCACUGUUAAAAAUGAUUUUCCUAAUACCCUAACCUGCCUAAUUAACCUAGUAAAGCCUUUAAAUUGCACUUUAAGCUGUAUAGAAGUGUCUUAAAAAUAUGUAGUCAAAUAUUAUGUACUGUCAUCAUGGCAAAGAUAAAAUAAAUCAGCUAUUAGAGACGAGUUAUUAAAACUAUUAUGUUUAGAAAUGUGUUGAAAAAAAUCAUCUGGGACAAAAAUAGGGGAAAAAUAAACAGAGGGCUAAUAAUUCAGGAUGGCUAAUAUUUCUGAUCUCAACUGUAUGUGUCAUUGGCAUAUUACACGUGGCUUCACAACAAAUCAAGCGGGUGGAACUUACAAACUUCCAGAAACAAGACUGUAAAAACAACUAAAAAGAAAGCUACUAAAGGGGUGAGUUUUGCUCCGACUGACAGAAAGGCUGUCAUUGGACACACUCCUGCAUUGC